GUCGCGCUGAAUCCCAUGCCCUUUAAUCUCUUUGCCAAAGCGAAGUUGAGUUGUGCAAGCGAUGUGAGGUGAGCAUCCGGGCGGCGCGGGAGAGGCGUACAAAAUGGAUUGUCUCCCGGCGUUCAUUGUCGGGGUUUGUCCUCUCCCUCAGCGCCGGUCCUCGCCUUCAGCUCCAGUCACACGCCCGCCCCCCUUACUCGUCUGUUGCCCUGCUCUUCAAGUCAUCGCCGACACAAUGGUGAACACACGCUCGCUAUUCUCUCUAUCCCUCCUCGCCUCGGCCGCCCUUGGACGUGCCAUCGGCGGCGAGGAGCAGUGUGAGUGCCCACCUGAGAAACAGGUGGUGCGCUACAUUGUCGUCGACAUGCCCGACCAGGACGCCCCCGUGGAGGAGCUGCCCGAAGAGGUUGUUCGCGGCGGCGUCGACACUCCCGUCAACACCACCACGACCCUCCAGCCUUGCAAGGCGCCCGACGUCGACACCUCGGACAAGAAGAACAUCAUCCCGGCGCCCCAUGUCUCCCUCUUUUACGGCGAUGACGGCAGCACGCCCACCCCUCCCCCCUUUGCCAACAGCACCGCCGGCCACAACACCACGGUGCCUGCGCCUCAGGGGUCGAUCAACAUGACCCUGACCACCGACCACUCCUUUGUUGCCCUCGAGUACAUUGACUCCAUCACCAAUGUCAAGUGCUCCAAGAACCUCCUGACGGUCAAUUUCUCCGACACGGAGGCCUUUGAUAUCGCCGCCAAGAACUGGGAGUCGCUCGAGGACGGCUUGAUCAUUGUCACCAACGGCCAGGGCAACUGCAACGACGAGUUCGAGCGUGGUUUCUUCAAGGUCAAGGAUGUCAAGCCCAACAAGGAUGACCUGUCCAUCGCCUGCACGGCAUCGUCCAAGAAGAUCGAGCAGGUCGCCGAGACCUGCGAGAUGACCUUCUCGUCGCUGCCCGCCGCCACCCUCCGCAAGCGCAUCAACCUCAACCCCAGCACAUCGCUCUCGUUCGGCGCCGCCCUUGCCGAUAAGAAGACCCUGCUGGACCUCGAGCCAUACCUCGAGAUCACUGCUGACCACGCCUCCUUCGAGUCGACCGUCACCUUCUCGGGGAAGCUCAACUACGACUUUUGGGCGUUCAAGCUCAAGGAGCUCUACUUUGAUCUCGACGCCAGCUUCAAGGCCGACGUCGCACUGUCGGCUAGCAUCCAGGCCGCCUACGCGCAAAACUUUGAGUACUCUACAGACGAGCUGGAGUACACGCUGAUCACCGUCCCUGGCGUCGUCGCGCUCGGCCCCGGCGUCGCCUUUGGGAUCGGUGUCGAUCUUUCCGCAUCUGGAGCCGUCGAUGUCCACACGGCGCUCGGUGUAGCCAUGCCCAACGGAAACGUCCACCUUGACCUGGUCAACAAGGACCGGGGGACCUCCGCUACCGGCUGGGAUCCCAAGUACACCGCGGCCGCCAACAUCUCCCAAAAGGCCGAGGUCGGCGCUGACGUCUACGCCUCUGUGACGGUUCAGCUGGCCAUCAAGGUCCUCGGUGGACUGGUGGAUCUCUCCUCGGGAUUGACGGCCCAGCCGCGCGUGAACAACCGUUUCACCCUCGAUGGGAACCAACAGCUGAGCGUUGGUGGAUCCGCCACCACCAAGCCCGUCGGCAGCGUCCUGCAGCCUGUCACCGGCCAGGCCGCCUGCGAGCAGGGAGUCGGCAUCAAGUCUGACUUUUUGUUCAAGCUCAAGGGUUUCAUCACCAAGUACUGGUCGCAUGAUCUGUAUGGGGUCCAGGUCCCCAUCGUCAACCAGUGCUACAACUUCAACAAGCAGUAAAAUGCUCGUGCACACUACCACCUUUAACAUAUACAUGUAACCCGUCCUAGCUCUUUUGUUUAAUUUAAUUUGCAAUAUACCCCCGGCAUGAUGCGCGCGC